CCUGUCUUAAAAAAAUCGAUAACGGCACUCAAUGAAUACCUAAACUGGUACAAGAAACACUGGGAGCUGUCUAAAAAUGAGAGUAAAAAUGUAAAUGAUCGUUUUUUAGAAAUAAAAAAGAUCCAAUGAAAGGCUCUCGGAAUCUCCGCUGACCAGUAAUUUUCACCUGUGCAUGCACGUGCAGCAGGGGAGGAAAAGUGUCUUGGACGUGUGUUGUAUUUGUGCGCUUGUCUUAGGGAAAUGUUUUCUCAAAAGUUUUCUCCGACGACAGGAAAGAUGGAGUGGGUUGUUGAAGACGAAGAUUAUGACAUGAGGGAUGAAAUCGGUCGCUCGGCAUAUGCAGAUAUGCUUCAUGAUGAUGAGCGAAAUAAGAAGUAUUAUUCAGCGACAGUAGAUGCUAUCAAGCGUAUGAAGGCGUCCAACAGGUCUGUCAAAAUGCUUGAUAUUGGCACAGGUACAGGGCUUUUGGCCAUGAUGGCAGCGAAGUCUGGUGCUGACACUGUCACAGCUUGUGAGGCUUUUCCACCCAUUGCAAAUGCUGCAGAAAGUAUUGUGAAGACAAACAGCUUCGAAGAGAAAAUAAAGGUUGUCGGCAAGAGAUCCACAGAUGUCAGACUUGGCCCAGGAGAAGAUAUGGACUCAAAAGCCAAUCUACUGGUUACUGAAUUAUGGGAUACAGAGUUGAUUGGAGAGGGAGCCCUCCCUACAUUACGGGAUGCAUGUAAAAGGCUUUUAGAGCCUGACUUUGUAUGUGUUCCAGCGGCUGGAACCAUUUAUUCUCAAGUAUUCUCAAGUACAACAUUCUGGAAUAUGCACCAACUACAUCCAAAGAAUUUGUCAGCAAAAAUGGAAACACGUCUGCCUGAGGGUAUGACAAAUUGCGCUGGCACUGCAAGUCCAUUUGAUCUCCACAUAGAUGAACUUGAACCCGAGGAAAUAACUCUGUUAUCCAAACCCACUCCAGUUGUCAGGUUUGACUUCUGCAAUAAUUCCCUUUCCGAGAAUUGUCCGAAUGUCCUAUCCCUACCAGCAACUCAAGAUAAGCCAGAGAAUACGACGGAAUCACACCAUGCUAGCACAACAGCAACUUGUUCAGGAGUUGCCCAUGGCGUGGUGAUGUGGUGGUCUCUAGACAUGGAUAUUGACGGCAAAAUCACUAUUGAGACGGCACCCAAAUGGGCCCAUCCAGAUGGUGAUGGCUGCCAGUGGCGGGACCACUGGAUGCAAGCGGUAUAUUUUCUGAAGAAACCUCUUGAAGUACACGAAGGACAAGAACUUGACAUCACCUGUUGUCAUGACGACUACAGUGUGUGGUUUGGCGUGCAAACCAAAAGUGUGGUUGUGGAACCAACUGCACGUCCCAUCUGUACGUGUGGAGCUCAUAUCACAUGGAGUAGACAUAGACACUGUAUGCUUAACGACAGAGAAAGGAAUGCUGCAUUUCAAGCAGCUUUGCAAAAGAUGGUAUCUGAAGGCUGCACAAGAGGACUGUGUAUUGGAGAUGGGUCUCUUCUCCCCUUACAGGCCCUCGAUGCUGGUUUUGAAAGAGUAUUAUCUUUAGAAUCAUCUCCGCUGUUUAUCAAGCUUCUAAACAAGAUUUUGGAGCUCAACAAUCAGAUGGAAAAAAUAAAGCUACUCGAGAAGUCAGUAGAGCAACUAAGCAAUGAAGGCUUCCAUGAACAGCUUGAUGUGGUUAUAAGUGAGCCGUUUUUUAGCGCCAGUCUUUUCCCCUGGCACAACAUCCACUUCUGGUAUGCAGUAACCAGCAUCAGACGGCAUGUCAACAAGGACAUCAAAGUACUGCCCCAGGGGGGUACCUUGCGUGCCAUGGCCGUAAGCGGUGAAUGUCAGUGCGUUGUUUUAUGGAUGGACUUCAACUUGACCAAGGAUCUUAUUAUAACAACGGGCCUUCCGAAGGCAUCGUGUGAAGAUGACAGCCUCGCUUGGGUGCGUCACACGAAGCAGGGUGUGUACUUCAUGCGUUCACCAGUCACGCUCGCCCCAGGCUCCGUGUCCAAGCUCUCUUCCUCUAUAUUGUUUGACCCUUCUCUGGGUGACUUCUCUUUCCAUUUCGAAGUUCUCUGA